AUGUUUAGACCAAAACCCACUUCAAGAUUGAUCCUUUUAACCCUCACCCUUCUCCUAUUAGUCAAUUUCCUAACUUCCAUCAAAGCCUCUGAACCCACCACAGAUGAAAAUGAAGAUGGUGAAUUGGAGGAGCUAUUGGCAUUGGAUGAACAAGUGGAACAAGAAGACGAGCAAGAAGGUUCCAGUGCCAGUGUGAGGUCCUCAGAGGCAGAGGUGUUAACCAAAGCCCAGAGGAUUGUUCUUGAGCUUAACCAUGACAACACAAAGAGGGUCAUUGAAGGGCAUGAGUUUGUUCUGGUUCUUGGGUAUGCCCCUUGGUGCUCUAGGAGCGCUGAGCUUAUGCCUCAGUUUGCUGAGGCUGCAACUUCAUUGAAAGAAUUGGGAAGCCCCCUUUUGUUGGCUAAGCUUGAUGCCGAGCGGCAUCCGAAAACGGCGUCGUCUCUUGAGAUCAAAGGGUUCCCUACUCUGCUUCUGUUUGUCAAUGGCACCUCUCAAGUGUACACCGGUGGCUUUUCUGCGGAAGAAAUAGUGAUUUGGGCAAGGAAGAAAACUGGUGAACCUGUUAUUAGGAUAAGCUCAGUGACAGAGGCGGAAGAGUUUCUCAAAAAGCACCAUAUAUUUGUUGUUGGUCUGUUUGAAAAAUUUGAGGGGCCUGACUACGAAGAAUUUGUAAAAGCAGCAGCAGCGGACAAUGCAAUCCAGUUUGUAGGAGUAAGCAACAUCGAGGUUGCUAAAGUUCUCAUUCCAAAUGUAAAACCAACUAAUGUUUUCCUUGGAAUUGUGAAAAGUGAGCCAGAAAGAUAUACUUCAUAUGAAGGGACCUUUGAAACGGACAAAAUUUUGCAGUUUCUAGACUAUAACAAGCUUCCAUUGGUUAACAAACUGACUGAAACAAAUUCCGCCAGAGUUUACUCCAGCCCUAUUAAACUUCAGGUUCUUGUCUUUGCAGAGGCAGAUGACUUUACGAAAUUUCUUGAGCCCCUUCAAGAUGUUGCUAGACAGUUCAAGUCAAAGAUACUGUUUAUAUAUAUAGACAAUACAGAUGAAAACCUUGCUAAGCCGUACUUAACAUUAUUUGGGCUUGAAGAAUCAAAUAGUACUGUGGUGACUGCUUUUGAUAUCAGCGUCAACUCUAAAUAUUUAUUAGAGUCAGAUCCAACACCAAGCAAUAUCAAAGAGUUCUGCUCAGGGCUUCUGCAUGGUACUCUAUCUUCACACUUCAAAUCGCAACCAAUACCGGAUAAUACAAAUGAAACUGUCCAGAGCAUUGUAGGAAAGACAUUUGAUGACAAGGUUUUGAAUAGUCACAAGAAUGUUCUACUAGAGGUGUUCACACCAUGGUGCAUCAACUGCGAGACCACUAGCAAACACGUUGAGAAGUUGGCUAAGCACUUUAAAGGUUUGGAUAAUCUAGUCUUCGCAAGAAUAGAUGUUUCUGCAAAUGAACAUCCAAAACUGCAAGUAAACGACUAUCCAACACUCUUAUUUUACACAGCCAAUGAUAAAGCCAAUCCGAUCAAACUUUCCACAAAAUCCAGCUUGAAGGACCUGGCCACAACUAUCAACAAACAUUUGAAAGCGAAAGAUAAUGUUGCUAAAGAAAAAGAUAAUGUCCCUAAAGAUGAGUUAUAG